GCUUUGCGACAGUUCUCUUCCCGUUUCCGGCACGCACACUCACUCACUCACACAUGAACGCCUGUGUGCUAUGAAAACAUGAGAGGUCAAAAGUUAUGGUCCUAGUAUUGUACAGCUACGGAACGUAACACAUAAACAUGGCCAGUUCCAUGGUGGCAGUGGGACUGGCUCUGGCUGCAGCUGGCUUUGCAGGUCGUUAUGCCAUGCAGGCAAUGAGGCAGAUGGAGCCUCAGAUGAAACAGGCCUUUCAGAGCUUCCCCAAGACGGCUUUUGGAGGAGGGUACUAUAAAGGAGGAUUUGAACCAAAGAUGAACAAGAGAGAAGCUUCCCUGGUUUUAGGUGUCAGCCCCACAGCCAACAAGAAUAAGAUCAGAGAAGCUCAUAGACAGCUGAUGAUCCUGAACCAUCCAGACAGAGGUGGAUCUCCCUACAUAGCAGCCAAGAUAAAUGAAGCGAAGGAUUUCAUGGACGGCCAGACAAAGAAAUAGAAGUGAAGAUGCUGAUAAUGACACACAUUUGAUUGAACACUGAUCUCAUCCUCGCUGUUG